UUCUUCUCCUCUAUUCUGAUCCAUUGUUUAUUUUUCAUGAUGAAGUUCCAUGGUGCAAGGCCCUAUCAGCGGUGGCGGUUGGCUUUCAUAGCUAUCUACUUCACCAAGGUUCUUGAUUCUUUGACUAAAAAGAUUUUUGAGAAGAACAUCCCACUGUUGGGCCCUGCGAUACUACGAUCUCCAUCUUUUAUUUCCAUUGAUGUUCAAGAUGUCCUUAAAAGUGAUUCAAAUGAUCACGUGCCCUUCUUCAAUAUUGACCAGAAGAUGCUGACUGAAACGGUGAGAGACAAGGACUUUGAACGCUUGCAUCAAUUCGGAGGAAUUAAACAGCUUGUAGCGGUUCUUAAGACUGAUGAAAAGGACGGUAUCGAUGGCCAUGAGGCUGAUCUUAAGCACCGAAGAGAAGUCUUUGGAUCCAAUCAGUACAGGAGGCCGCCCAAGAAGAGUUUCUUCAGUUUUGUUGUUGAAGCAUUCAAGGACACCAUCAUUAUUAUACUUAUGGUAUGUGCAAUCCUAUCUCUUGGCUUUGGAAUCAAACAGGAAGGCAUUAAAGAAGGGUGGUAUGAUGGGGGCAGUAUUGUUAUUGCCAUCUUUUUAGUUGUUAUCGUCUCCUCUGUAAGUAAUUUCAGGCAAUCAAGACAGUUUCAAAAGCUUUCGAGUGAGACUAGUGACAUAAAAGUGCAGGUGGUGAGACAAGGGAGGAGGCAACCCGUGUCCAUCUUCCAACUUGUAGUGGGGGAUAUUGUGUGUUUGAAUAUCGGGGAUCAGGUUCCUGCUGAUGGGUUGUUCAUGGAGGGUCACUCCCUGAAGGUGGAUGAAUCUAGCAUGACUGGCGAAAGCGACCAUGUUGAGAUCAAUGAUAAAGAUAAUCCAUUCUUGUUCUCUGGCACCAAGGUAUCGGACGGAUUUGGUACAAUGCUUGUCACUUCGGUAGGGAUGAACACGGCAUGGGGUGAGAUGAUGAGCUCUAUUCGUCGUGAAUUGGACGAGCAGACUCCGUUGCAAGCUCGUCUCGACAAGCUGGCUUCAACCAUAGGGAAGCUUGGGUUGGCUGUGGCUCUGAUUGUUCUUGUGGUUCUCAUCAUCCGGUACUUCACUGGAAACACUGAAGAUGAAAAUGGGAUGCAGGAGUUCAAUGGCAGCAAGACAAACAUCAACGAUGUGAUGGAUGCGGUGGUGCAUAUCAUUUCUGCAGCAGUUACCAUUGUGGUGGUGGCGAUUCCAGAGGGUUUGCCUUUGGCUGUAACCCUAAGUCUGGCCUAUUCAAUGAAAAGAAUGAUGGCUGAUCAAGCCAUGGUCAGGAAACUCUCAGCAUGUGAAACAAUGGGCUCUGCCACAACCAUUUGCACAGAUAAAACUGGCACCCUCACCUUAAACAAGAUGAAGGUCGUUGAGUUUUGGCUUGGGAAUGAAGUAAUAGAGGAUGAUACUUACUUGGAAAUAGCUCCAUCUGUCCUUCAGUUAUUGAAACAGGGGGUUGGUCUGAACACGACUGGUAGCGUUUGCAAGCUCCCUUCCACAUCAGUUCCAGAGAUCUCAGGUAGCCCCACUGAGACAGCAAUUCUCACAUGGGCUGUGGUAGAUUUGGGCAUGGACAUUGACGAGCAGAAGCAAAGUUGUGAGAUUCUCCAUGUUGAGGCCUUCAAUUCAGAGAAGAAGCGAAGUGGGGUUUUGGUGAGGACAAUCACUGACCAAACAAUUCAAACACAUUGGAAGGGAGCUGCUGAGAUGAUACUAGCCACGUGUUCACACUAUUUUGACAAAGGUGGGAAAACAAAACUAAUGGAUGAUGACAAAAGAAUGCAGUUUGGAGGAAUUAUUAGAGACAUGGCAGCUAAAAGCCUGCGUUGCAUAGCAUUUGCCUACAAACAGGUUCUACAAGAAAAUGGACAGUCCCAUGAGAAGCUUGAAGAAACUGGCAUGACCUUGUUGGGGCUAGUAGGCUUGAAGGACCCCUGUCGACCAGGGGUCAGAAGAGCAGUAGAAGAUUGUAGAGAUGCUGGAGUGAAAAUUAAAAUGAUCACUGGAGACAACAUUUUUACUGCAAAAGCUAUAGCCAUGGAAUGUGGGAUUCUCAAACCUGAUGAGGAUAUGAACAAUGCAGUAGUGGAAGGUGUAACAUUCAGAAAUUUCUCUGAUGAAGAGAGGAUGGAGAAGAUUGACAUGAUUCGGGUAAUGGCCAGAUCUUCCCCAUUUGACAAGCUUUUGAUGGUGCAGAGCUUGAAGCAGAAAGGCCACGUGGUGGCAGUCACAGGUGAUGGCACGAAUGAUGCACCUGCACUCAAAGAAGCAGACAUUGGGCUAUCCAUGGGAAUUCAAGGCACAGAAGUUGCAAAAGAGAGCUCAGACAUUGUCAUCCUGGACGACAACUUCACUUCUGUAGUAACAGUUUUGAGAUGGGGAAGAUGUGUAUAUAACAACAUUCAAAAGUUCAUCCAGUUUCAACUUACAGUCAAUGUUGCUGCUCUUGUCAUCAACUUUGUUGCUGCAGUUUCUUCUGGUGAUGUCCCUCUGACUGCAGUCCAGCUCUUGUGGGUGAACUUGAUAAUGGAUACCUUGGGAGCUUUAGCCUUGGCAACUGAGCGACCCACUAAUGAUCUCUUGAAGAAGUCACCUGUAGGCCGAACCAAGCCACUUAUAAGCAAUGUCAUGUGGAGGAAUCUCAUUGCUCAGGCCCUUUAUCAGGUAGCUGUCUUGCUGAUCCUACAGUUUAAGGGAAAGGAUAUCUUCAAUGUGGAUGAGAAGGUUAAGAACACCUUGAUUUUCAAUACUUUUGUCCUCUGCCAAGUCUUCAAUGAGUUCAAUGCAAGGCACAUGGAGAAGAAGAAUGUGUUCAAGGGUAUACUUAAGAACAGGUUGUUUCUAGGGAUCAUCGGGUUUACUAUAGUUCUUCAAGUGGUGAUGGUUGAGUUCCUGAAGAGGUUUGCCGAUACUGUGAGGCUGAAUUGGGGGCAAUGGGGUGCUUGUAUAGCCAUUGCAUCUUUGUCUUGGCCAAUCGCCUGGCUUGUGAAAUGCCUUCCAGUUUCUGGCAAACGGUUUCUCAUCUUUCCCAAGCCUAGUGUCUCUAAAUCAUAAAAAAAAUAGCAGUGAUCAAAUCUCCCAAGAACUAGCCCGUAUGUAUUUGCUAUUUUAGCUUUCAUGCAUCUUUAGCAGCAGUAGUUUCUCCUAGUAUAGAAGUCUUCUCUGAAUUUCAGUUAAUGCAAAUUCUGGAUCACAGUAUUGAUCAUACUACAAUCAUUAGGACUGAAGUUACUUCACAAGAAUACAAUGUUCUUAAUUUUCUAGCUUCAGUCUUUUG